UUGUUAUCAGCAGUAGCGGUUUUCGCCAAAACCACUAAACGCAAGAAUCGUGAAUAAUAAGAUUGAAAAAUAUUACACUUAAUUUUGGUUAAAAAUAUUGAAUAAAAAUAUCUAGGAAUGUGUAUGAAUAUUUUUUACAAUAAAAAGUCCCGCUAGAUUUACCCCCAAAAAAUAGUAGCAAAAAAAGGUAAUUAAUUGCUGAGCAAUAGGUCUGCCAAUAGAUCGAAUAAUAUGUUUGUGACUGAUAAAAUCAAUCGACUCGAUGGUUUUGACAAACACAAAUAUGUUUUGCAUAUGGCCGCUGAUAUUCUUAUUAUUAUUGACUAGCAAAAACCAAUAUUGACCAAUAGGUCCUUUGACAAAACAAAAAUAUGUUUACGACAAACAACCCAAAAAGACCCUGAAAACAUGUAUAAAAGGGGUGUGCUUGUAUGAAAUGCUUCACAUCACAAGUUCUAGUGUCGUAGUGACUAUUUGGUAAGUACUCUCAUUUAUUAUUGUGAAUUGUACCAUGUAUUUAUUAGUGUUACCCGUAUAUUCAAUUUGUCCAUAAAAAUAACCAUGCUAAUAGUGUGUAGACUUAUGAAGUAGUAGGCUAAAACAAGCGUUAUUACAGAUACAGUCCUAUAUCAUAGAACACGCCACAAGUACCCGCAUCUCUCUCCUAGUUCUCGUGAAAAAGACAGAAGGAUCUGGAACAAAACACCCCUGCAACUUCUUACCCUGUGGUUCAAAAGCUGUGAGUGCUACAGAACGUCAAACAUUCCUCCACUUGAGUGAAAGGCUGCAAAUCACAAGUUCUAGUGACUAUUUGAUACAGUCCUAUAUCAUAGAACACGCCACAAGUACCCGCAUCUCUCUCCUAGUUCUCGUGAAAAAGACAGAAGGAUCUGGAACAAAACACCCCUGCAACUUCUUACCCUGUGGUUCAAAAGCUGUGAGUGCUACAGAACGUCAAACAUUCCUCCACUUGUGUGAAAGGCUGCAAAUCACAAGUUCUAGUGACUAUUUGAUACAGUCCUACGUACGACAAAAGUGCAUCGCUCCUAGUUCUCGUGACAACGUCAGAAGGACCAGGCAAAAACAACCCAGGCAGCCAUCUCCAUUCCUAGUUUCUCUCUUGGACCAGCGGCUGUGUACUGCAGAACACAACCAAGCAAAACCCACAGUAUCUUCAAAGGAAACAAAGGACAGAUAAAUAAAAAUGAGCCCUUCAUAUCUGGAAUAUCCAUUAAUCGUCCAGCGCCUAAAAUCUUUUGAUGAGUGGAUACCAACCCAUCCUAUAAAACCAAUAGUACUAGCUGUUGCAGGUUUUUAUUAUACUGGUAAAAAUGAUAAAGUCUUGUGUGCUAUCUGCGGGGUAGUUGUCAAUAAAUGGUCUGUGUGUGACAUACCUUUAUAUAAACAUAAAGAGUGUUGCCUGUUUCUGGCAGCCUAUAAAAAAGCUCAAAAACUACUAGCAGUCGAUGAACGCCUAAAAACGUUUCCCCCACGUUACAAAACAGCUAGAAAGCUUGCAUCCUGUGGUUUUUACUACAUAAAAGAAGAAGGGCUACGUUAUAUAACUAAUAAGGAUAUCACCACAUACGUUGCUAAAUUAGAUACAUUCCUACAGCAACCCGGACCAUCUAAACCUCUACGGCUUGCCAGUAUUAAAAGAGCUGCAGAGUUUGGUUAUAUACAAACAUAUGUAGGCUCGGAUAGUCGUGUGAUAAAAGCAGACAUGUGUUUAAUCAUAGAUGUUACUGUAAAAGAAGACAUUGCUGUGAAUAACGAGGUUAUUCAAAAUGGGCGUCUUAUUUGUAAAAUUUGCUUAAAUAAUGAAAUUAAUACAGUGUCGUUGCCCUGUGGCCAUGCGGCGAAGUGCUUAGACUGUUCUGUUGUAGUUCAAGAGACUUGUUGUAUAUGUAGAGCACCUAUUGCAUUCACAACAAGACUUUAUAUUUAAUGGUAUACGAACGUUGGCGUGGUUGCUUUCAGAUAUAUGUUUUGUUCAUAACGUUGCACAUGUUUCAAUGCUAUUUAUUAGGCCUGUGCUGUAUAUUGUUACAACAACCAGAACCCCCCACCCAACCAAUCAGACAUUUUCGUUUUAUUAAUCCAUUUUUAAGUCGAAUCUAUUAGAAAUCGGUACAAGAACCUAUUGUUUGUUCUAGUAACAUGGCCUGUACUAUAACGCUUUUGAAUCGUCGAUAUGUACGAAAGUAUGACGCGUAUUUACAUACUUACUCAUUCACUACAAAAUCCGCACACAAUGGCACAGAGGACUUGAUCAAUACUUUAAAUAGUUGUUUAGAAGCUGUAAAACUAAAAUCAAACUAUGUAAGAGGUGAUAAAAUUAGAAUUAUUGCUAGUAACCCUCGCUUUAAUCAACCACUUUCCACAAACACGUCUACUACUACUACGUUUGGUACUUUGUUAGAUCUCGUUGAAGAUGUCUUGACAUCUGACGAAUCUGUUAGUAUCAACGAAACAGUGUUUGACAUACAAGUACUGAAAUUACCUAGAGGCAAUGGUCGCACCCGUAUCUUAAAUUUGUCGAGAAACCGUCACACCAAGCGUAGCAUAACUGUUGUUCGUAACAAUGAUAAUUUGUGUGUCUUAAGAGCAAUAGUCGUUGCUUUAACAUACCAUAAAACAUCCUACCUAAACUACACUUUCACAUCUAGACAAAUUACAAACAUCCGAGCAGGUCGUAAUGCAGGUCAUACUGUAGAUGGUUAAA